AUGAUAGACGAGGACGAUCAAGAUGAGCAACUACGUCGUACUGGGAGUGACGUAGAAAUAGAAGAGUACACGGACACGGAGGAGCCAGCAUACACGACUUAUCAACCAAGUGAUAAGCUCUUUGAUACAGAGCAGCCGUGUUGGCAAAGGUUUAGUUUCCUGGCCACCUUGGGCAUUGUCACAGCUUCGGUAACAACCUCUAUCAUCAGUUUGCCACUGUACCUCGAGAAUGUAAGCGGAACGGCGAAUGCCUACACAGGAUUGUUAUUCAUAGCCUUUUUAUCAACAUGUAUCUUCGGAUUGAUGACUAUCAUUGGUGAAAAAGUGUCACCUCCACCGACACUGAUUCCCAAUAGUCUGAAGAUAAAAAUACCACGAUGUAGCCUCGUGAAAAUAAGUUGCUUUUACGCGCUCUCGGGAAUACUCGUCACACUUUCACUGGAUCAAAAUCGAGUGCUUUGUCACCUUCAGGAUCCUAUCAAGGGUAUAACGCUUGUCUUCUCCCUUGUUUAUUACUUCUUCUUCUGCCGCAAGAUGAUGAGCUUGCAGCGUAUAUUUUCCAGUACAACGAUAAUCGUCGGUUUGUUCAUAAGCGUGGACUACGGAUUGUGUGACGAGUUUCGGUGUCGCGGUCGCGAAGUGUCUGCACACACAUUAACGAUGAGAGGUUCUUGGGGCGUGAGAGCGGUUUGGACUCUAGUUUAUGUGGCUUCGCUGGCAGUGUUUGCCUUGGUCUUCACCCUGCUGGAGCUCCACUUCACCACGGGGAUUGAGGUGACGUUUAAUUUCCAGCAGCAAAGUGUCUGCCGUUUGCUGACGACUCAGCACAAUUCGUUCCUCUACACCGUCUCUAGACUGGUCUCAUCCCGCGACAUAAGACGCCGCGGGUCUGAGGAAGAAGGAGGCCGUUUAUUACACGUCACUGAUCCAGACCCGACGAUCAAGCAGAAGCACUUACCCAAACCUCCGAUACUUAGAACUUUGUUCCACAUUCACGCCAUUUCUUUCAUAGUCGUCCUGGCGUUUAUUUGGGUUGAUACUCUUCCUGGUAUAGGUCGGGGUUUUACUCCAAGAGAGCUCUACACAACAAUUGAGCACGGCUUCAAGUGUCACUUUAAAAGCAGCAGCUCUUGCAUUGGAGUAGCUAACCACGGAUGGAUUUUUCUUUUUUCCUACAUCGCAUUCUCCAUAUCAAUCCUGAAUUUUUUGUCCAUGUGUGAGAGUGCUGUCUUCACCGUAGCCGCUACUACAAUUUCUCUCCCUCUUUCUGGCAUUUGGUGGAGUAUUUACAAGAUGGAUGUUGGGUCUAAUGGAGGAGUAACAGGCGAAUUAAUUUGCGCACUUUUGGGUCUACCAGUAGUACUCCUAGGACUUGGUCUUUUGAUAAGAUCACACUUUCGUGAUACUCAACCUGCAUACCAAAGUAUUCCGCCCCCAGAUUUACACCUAAGAGGUUGA